CAUGUCGCCUCCCCCUCCCGCUGCCUAUAUAUUGCCGCCCCUCCGGGCCAUGGCCCCCUCAUGCACAACUUAACUGCACAAGCGCGCCCCCCGUCAACAAGAUCCUCCCUUCUCAUCCAGCUCCCAGUAGUCGGUCGCCUCUGCCGCGAGUACGAGUAGCAGCAGGUUCUUGACGCCGUCGUUCUAAACGCGAUCGAAGGGGUAGCGGUUCUUGUGGCGACGACGGCAGCGGCGGCGGCCAUGGACCCGUGGAUCGGCGGGCAGCCAUCCCUGAGCCUAGACCUCAACGUCGGCCUGCCCACGGCGCACCCGGUGGCGCCGGCGGCCACCAAGGUCCUCGUCGAGGAGAACUUCCUGGCCGUCAGGAAAGACCGAGAGCAGCAGGUCGAGGCGCUGGAGGCGGAGCUCCGGCGAGUGGGCGAGGAGAACAGGCGGCUCAGCGAGAUGCUGCGGGCGGUCGUGGCAAAGUACACCGAGCUGCAGGGCCAGGUCAACGACAUGGUGGCCGCCGGCAACAACCGCCAGUCCUCCACGUCGGAGGGCGGCUCGGCCGCCUCGCCGUCCAGGAAGCGCAUCCGGAGCGACAGCCUCGACACCGCCGGCGGCGGCCACCACCGCAAGCCGUCGCCGCCGUUCGCCAUCCCGGUCCACGACCAGAUGGAGUGCACGUCGGCUGCCGCGGCCGUCUUCCACGAGCCCGGCAGGCGCAUCCGGGAGGAGUGCAAGCCCAAGGUGUCCCGGCGAUACGUCCACGCCGACCCCGCCGACCUCAGCCUCGUGGUGAAAGAUGGGUACCAAUGGCGGAAGUACGGGCAGAAGGUGACCAAGGACAACCCGUGCCCGCGCGCCUACUUUCGGUGCUCCUUCGCGCCGGCGUGCCCGGUGAAGAAGAAGGUGCAGCGCAGCGCGGAGGACAAGACCAUCCUGGUGGCCACGUACGAGGGCGAGCACAACCACGGGCAGCCGCCGCAGCACGAUGGCAAGGGCGCGAAGCCGGCCGCGGCGAGCGAGCCGGUCGUCCGGCCGGCGCCGCUGCCUCUGCAGCAGCAGAAGCAGCCGCCGCAGCAGCAGAGGCACGAAGCCGCUGCUGCGGCGGCGGCGGGGCCGUCGGAGGUCGUGAGGAAGAACCUGGCAGAGCACAUGGCGGCCACGCUGACGAGGGACCCCGGGUUCAAGGCGGCGCUCGCCAGCGCGCUCUCCGGCCGGAUCCUCGAGCUCUCGCCGACCAGGGAUUGAUUAUUAGGACCUGAACCAUCAAUUACGAUUAGUCCGUAGAUAGCGAAUUGAUUCAGAUUCAGACGAUUAGCCGCGAUAGCUCAAAAGAAUUCACGAGGCAAAGUAAAUUCGAGUUGCUGUUGAUUGCUUCUGCGUGCAUCGAUAAGUGGUGCGCCGGCCGCCAUUGCGGUUGCUAAUUCAAGCUUGUGCUCCAUUCAAUAUCUGGAGAUGAAGCGCGGAUUAACCUGGCGCCCUGGCGCUCGGAUUUUGAUGUAUAUUUAAACUUGCUUAUGCAAGGAUCAAUUAUAGUUCUCCCCUCGAAAAAGGGAUCAAUUA